CAGCGCCCAGGGGUGUCCUCUUUUCUCAGCCCCAGGAACGAGCUCAAUAGUUCCUGAACCGCUUUUUUGACUGCUUCGUAGACAGUCACAAUGUCGUACAGAGAUUCUUACAGGGACAGGGGCGCUCCGAGCCGAGGGACGAGAAUCUUUGUCGGAGGUCUCGCGCCAAGGGUCAAUCAGAUGGAUGUCGAGGACCUUUUCUCACGUUAUGGAAGAAUUGUUCGUGCUGAUUUGAAGGCGCGCUCUGAUGGCUCCGCGUUUGCAUUUGUGGAGUACGACGAUUACCGUGACGCAGAUGAUGCGAUCAGGAAGCUGGAUGGGUACACAUUCAUGGGUGGUCGUCUUCAGGUGGAGGCCAGCAGGCCUCCGCCUAGAAUGCCGGUCGGGCCUCGCCCCGGGCAGCAGCCGGGAGGCUUAUUCAAUCGCCAAGACAAGCGCGUCGUGAUUGAGGGCUUGUCCGAGCGCACCUCCUGGCAAGACCUGAAGGACUUCGGACGCGAGGCCGGCGCCGUCGCCUAUGCGGACGUCUUCCGUGACCGCGGCAAGAUUCAGGGAGUGAUUGAGUACCAGAGCCGAGAGGACGUGAGGAACGCCGUCCGCAAGCUGGACGGGGUGCGCCUGCAGGGGAACACAGUCUACCUGCGACCUGAGGUCGAGAGCGGCAGCCGUGAGCGGUCCCACUCGCGCUCGCGCUCCCGCAGCCCGCCUCGUCGCCGGGACGACGACGACGAUGACCGGCGCCGACGCUCGGACAGCGUCGAGGACCGUCGGCGCGAGCUUGAGGACGACGAGAAGGCGCGCUCGGCAAGCCCGCCAGUGCGCCCGCGCAGCGACUCCCCCCGGGACCGCUCCCGGAGCCCAGUUCGGGCUGCGUCCCGCUCGCCAUCGAGGAGUCUGUCCAGGAGCCCGUGAGGUUGGACGGCUCGGAACCCUUGCAGCAAAAGCGCUUCGAUUGAAAACUUUCUAGGAGUACCUUUGCAGAAGGUCCAGGAGCAUCGCCUGGCUUUGAUUUUGGACGUCUCUAGAGUUAGACAGGCAAAGGCCUUGGGAGGUCGGGAAAGAUUUUAUGGUUGCAAUUCGAUCAUGCACAAUAUGCGCCUGGAUGGGAGACCAAGCUUAGUGUAUGUAAGCCCUUCGAAGCAUUGGGGAAAAGUGCAUUCGUCGUUGAGGACG